UCGCAUUGACCACCUCACAUCUACUGCGAGCGGCUGAAGGCUCAACACCUCGUAUCAACUUCUAGGAUUUGCCCAGAUUUUUUUCCCAUCUCGAACGCGCAUGUUUUGUUGAUAUCUUAACGAACUACGCCGCGAUUUGCCUGCAUUCGCCGUUGGAUAAACAGCACGAUGUUCGCUCGUUGAGCUGGCGUAUAAUCGCAUUCAAGCAUCGCUUUUAUUUCGCAGGAUAUUCAUGUUUUUAAAGAUACAAAGGACGCGGUGGAUUCGCUGACGGAAAUCAGAAAUCUGGCGCUGGAUGAGGACGUCGAUGUGAUUUAAACCUGAGCCAAAUACGAACAUUUCUUUUCGCACUGUCAGUAAAUGAAGUGGCCUGACGGAUUUGUUUUAUCGGGUGCAUUUUAGAAAGCCGUCCCAUUUCAGAGUGGAAAAUUGGGACAAGUCGACCUACACCCCUCACAAAAGGGUUCCACGCAGCCGAGCGUACGGCAUGUUGUUGCUCCAUAUGUUUUUGGCAAAACCGGCACAUGUCUGCGUAAAGAUAUAUAGGUUUUGCGUUCUUUAAUGAUAUGGACAGUAUUCUUCUCAUUCGAUGAGCAUAGAAAGUUAUGAGUGAUUUUUAAAUCUCAAUUUUUUGUAAACCUGUAUUUCUUUAACAAAAAACUCAACUGAAACGGUAUUAGAUUUUGUUUUUCUUAAUUUAAUUCAACUGUUCUCGUCGGAAGUUUUUUUCUCUCCCAUGACUUGGUGGCUUUUCUCUGUGCUUUGACGACUCCCGCCGUGCGAUUGUUCGUUCCUGAUGGGUAAAAGACCCAGCUGACGAUCCUAAAACCUUUGCACUGUUUGCCCAUCUUUGUAAACAUUCCCAAGUAGAACAGUCGUGAUUCCAGGAUGGAGCUCCUCUCCAGGAAUGUGGCCGCGCUCUGGAUUAUCCUGCUGGAGUUCCUGCUCAGAUCGGUGGCUGAAGAAGAGGUCCUGAUGAAUACAAAGACAGAGACAUCAGAUCUGAAGUGGACAACAUACUCUCGCUCUAAACCAGAGUGGGAGGAGAUCAGCGGUCUAGAUGAAGACAACAACAGCGUGAGGACCUAUCAGAUCUGCCAGACCGACGGCGCGUCCAGUCACUGGCUGCGUAGUAAGCUCAUCGAGCGGCGAGGGGCGUCACAGGUGUACGUGGAGCUGCUCUUCACCAUGAUCGAAUGCUCAUCGCGGAACACACACCACCGAUCCUGUAAAGAGACCUUCAACCUUUACUACUACCAGAGCGACACGGAUGAUGCGACAGCAACCCACCCAGCGUGGAUGGAGAACCCCUAUAUCAAGGUGGACACGGUGGCCGCGGACCACCUGCUGCGUAAAGGUGGAGAGAAGAAGUCUAAUGUCAAAACGCUGCGUUUGGGCCCUUUGACCAAACGGGGAAUCUACUUGGCGUUCCAGGCCCAGGGCGCAUGCAUGGCCCUUCUAUCCGUGCGCGUCUUCUUUAAGAAGUGUCCGGCUCUCACGCGCUCACUAUCCGUCUUCCCGGAGACAGUUCCACGCUCGCUGGUCCAGGAGGCAGUGGGCCAGUGUGUGGCCAACGCAGCACAGCCUGGACCCAAUCCCAGACCGCCCAAGAUGUUCUGUGGAGAAGAUGGACAGUGGGUGGACCAGCCCACCACCACCUGCACUUGCCUGCCGGGCUUCGAGGCCAGCCAUGGAGAGCUGGAGUGUAGAGGUGAGUGAGAACAGAACAGACUUCUCUG